UUAAAAAAAAGGAAAAGAAAAAAAUACUAAUUUUCAAGAUUCAGAAAGGAAGGAACCUCUACUGAAAAGUUCGCAAACUUGAACAGAAAUAAGUGAACCCAAAAAAAUCAAGAAUUUACCAGGAACAACGUGGCUUAACACCAGAUAUUGAACAGUUUGUCUCAAAAACUCUUUAUUUCUUUUUAAUGUUACACUUAACAAAAGACAAAACAAUUAAAUGACGUAAAAACAAGAACAAGAACAACAAAAAACUGGAGUGUAAGAAAACUUUACCUUUUACUAAACAAUGUGAAUGACUUUGCAAGUGGCAUUCGUGAAGAUUCAAAAAAACAACCAGGAUCAAGAUGGCACAACUAAUAACAACCUUCGCCAAGUGCUGUAAAGAAACAUUAUCCAAUUAAAAUGUACUAAUAUACCCAUCAGUGUUAUCAGUAUUAGUUCAGAGAUCCAAAGAAUUACACCCAAUCGAUAUGUGGCCAAACCAGCUCGUUAUAUCUGUUCUUAGAAAAUAUGGCACGACUAAACCGCAACAGCUGGCGAGUCUUUCACCGAGUGUUGGAAACUUUGUGAGGAACUGUAAGCCACACGCACGAUUUGAGUGCAAAUGAGCUCACGCCUCGCCAGCUCGAGGGAAAAAAAAGUUGGGACAUAAAAGGGUGGUAAGUGUUACGCUUCGGGAUCAGAAAGGAGUCACUUCUAGCGCUUUUAUUGCUUACUGUGUCGUCUUAGAGAAGGACUGAGAUGGAAGAACCGGCAUCCUACGUUAUGACUCAAGUUCUCGAAGAUCCUUACAAAUCAAUUCUGGAAAACCUCUCCGUGCAGUAUCCUCACAUCGACUGGUGGGGGCCCUUCAACAUCACGUCCUAUAACCUUACGGACUUUCCUUUCCUUCUGGACGACGACGACGGCGCAGCAGCAGCAGCAGGGGGAGGAAGAGGAACGGGAGGAGCAGGAGGAGGACUAGGAUACAUGGAGAGCGCCGGCGAAGCGAGCAACGCUACCGGAGGAUCGGCGCUCCUGUACGAGGUCCCGACCAGCCUCGUUGUGCUCCUGUCGUUCUUCUACGGCAGCAUCUCCCUCGUGGCCGUCGUCGGCAACGCCCUCGUCAUGUGGAUCGUCGCCACCUCCAGGAAAAUGCACUCCGUCACCAACUACUUCAUUGCCAACCUCGCCCUCGCUGACAUCAUCAUCGGCCUCUUCGCUAUCCCUUUCCAAUUCCAGGCGGCGCUGCUUCAACGCUGGAAUCUGCCCCACUUCAUGUGUUCCUUCUGCCCCUUCUUUCAAACGGUUAGCGUAAACGUUUCAAUCUUCACGCUCACAGCCAUAGCCGUCGACAGGUACCGGGCGAUCGUGCACCCGUUCACCACAAGGCCUUCCAAGCUUAGGAGUAAGGUGGUCAUAGCCUCAAUCUGGCUCUUCAGCACAACUCUGGCAAUUCCCAAUGCAAUUGCCCUUCGCGUAGUGCAGGUUGCAGACGAGGCGACGGGCAGAGAGAAACCUUAUUGUGCAGCGGUCAACAUCGACUCGGUGGUGAUGUGGACUUAUUCGCACGUCAUGGUCGGACUUCAGUACUUCCUUCCCCUGGGCAUCAUCUCCUUCGCCUACAUCCGGAUGGGCUGGGAGCUGUGGGGAGCGCAGACCCCCGGCAACGCAGAGGACGCCCGCGACGCUCACGUGCUUCGCAAUAAGAAGAAGGUAAUCAAGAUGCUGUCUAUGGUGGUAAUUCUGUUUGCUGUGUGUUGGGCGCCGCUGCAAACCUACCACGUUCUGCAAGAGAUCUACCCGGCCAUUAAUAUGUAUCGAUACAUCAAUAUCAUCUGGUUCUGUUGCCACUGGCUUGCAAUGAGCAACAGCUGCUGCAAUCCUUUCAUCUACGCCAUAUAUAAUGAGAAGUUCAAACGGGAAUUUCGACUGAAGUUCCGUUGUUGCUUCAGACGUUUCGACUCCCUUGAAGCUUUUGACAUCGAGAAGUCCAAGUGUCACUAUCCCGUUGGGGGUCCAGAGGUUCACCUACACAAGGGUUCUGUUCUCUCUCGCCCCCCGGAGCUCAGGUUCAACGGGGGUUCGUCUCCCUCUCCUUACGUCAUCAGGUCCUCAGCCUCCACCCCCUUACCCAGAUCUGUGCACGAGCAUCAUGAGGUCCACGUCUGUGUCCCUCUCAAGUCGCAGCCGCGCCUUCACCCCGAUCUCCACCGCCCGAAGAUGAGUGGAGACACCAAGAUGUAAGAAAGGAAGAUUGGGGGAAGGAAGAAAAUGGGAGAAAGACGAAAAAA